AUGAAGUACGUUGGAUGCCCACCCCUCACCAUCUUCAUCUUUAAGCCCAGAGAGCUCCACUCUACUUUCCCCAUCCACCUGCAGAGAUUGCCAUCUCUCGGCACACCAAAGGAUUCACCGAUUCACCGCGACUCCAGAAGUCCCUGUCUCUACUGUAGUAGGCCUAGGGCUGAGGUUAAAGAAACCGACCGUAGGAAAAAGAUUAAAAAGGAGGGAAGGAUAUGGGAGGAAAAAGUGGAAGCCAAUCUGGAGCUGGCCAAAAAGCAAGACCACACAGGUAGUAGGUACUUCCCAGGCAGAGGCCUUGGGGCCGGAGAACUGACCGCGAGAGAGAACUGGAAGGUGAAACGCGCCCACGCGGGUGUGCGCCGAAGCCUCUCGGCGCCGGCGGCACUACGGGCCGGCGCCACCAGGGCCAGCAGCGCGCAAGCUCCCCAGCGCCGCCGAGCACCGCCGAGCACCGCGUGGCCCCCGCCCUGCGGUCCGCCGCCAGGCUCCUCCCCAGAGCUCCAUCUCACCAAUCAGGAGGAGCUCCCCUCCUCCCAGUUCCAGAAGACCCGCCCUGGGCCGGCGCGCCGCCAGCCAAUGGGAGGCCGAGCCCAGCGCCCAGUGUGCGCAGCCCGCGCCGAGCCGGCUCAGAGCGAGAAAAGCGAACCCAACCCGUCGGGGCCGCCGCUCCGGACCCACCGCCUGCCGCCGCGCGCCGCCGCCUCCUCCCCCCGGAUCGGGUGUACUGUCCCAACCCGAAAGUCCAGUUCUGCGGCCCGGCAGCGGCGAGCGAGCGCGAUGACACAGGAGUACGACAACAAAAGGCCAGUGCUGGUUCUUCAGAAUGAAGCCCUUUACCCACAGCGGCGCUCCUAUACCAGUGAGGACGAAGCCUGGAAGUCUUUCCUGGAAAACCCUCUCACAGCGGCAACCAAAGCGAUGAUGAGCAUCAACGGAGACGAGGACAGUGCGGCUGCGCUGGGCCUGCUCUAUGACUACUACAAGGUUCCCAGAGAGCGCAGGUCAUCAGCCAUAAAGCCUGAGGGAGAGCACCCAGAACCAGAGCACAGCAAAAGAAACAGCAUACCAAAUGUGACGGAGCAGCCCCUCAUUUCUGCUGGAGAAAACAGGGUGCAAGUGCUGAAAAACGUGCCCUUCAACAUCGUCCUCCCCCAUAGCAACCAGCUGGGCAUUGAUAAGAGAGGCCAUCUGACAGCUCCNGAUACAACAGUCACUGUCUCCAUAGCAACCAUGCCUACCCACUCCAUCAAGACAGAAAUCCAGCCGCACGGCUUUGCUGUGGGAAUCCCCCCAGCCGUGUACCACUCUGAGCCCACCGAGCGUGUGGUGGUUUUUGACCGGAGCCUCAGCACUGACCAGUUUAGCUCUGGCACUCAGCCCCCCAAUGCUCAGCGGAGGACUCCAGACUCCACCUUCUCCGAGACCUUCAAGGAGGGCGUUCAGGAGGAACAACUUUGAGUAUACCCUGGAAGCCUCCAAGUCACUGCGACAGAAGCAAGGGGACAGCACUAUGACAUACCUGAAUAAAGGCCAGUUCUAUCCUGUCACCUUAAAGGAAGGGAGCAGCAACGAAGGGAUUCACCACCCUAUCAGCAAAGUUCGAAGUGUGAUCAUGGUGGUUUUUGCUGAAGACAAAAGCAGAGAAGACCAGCUAAGACACUGGAAGUACUGGCACUCCCGUCAGCACACGGCCAAACAGAGGUGCAUUG